AUGAGCGGUGUAGUGAAUAGCAAGAGAAAGCAGUUGCUGCGUGUGCCCGUGAUAGAUCUUGAUCGGGUUUCAGACGAAGAACAAUUGUUACCGGUAAUAAAGGCAGUGUUACUGCAGUAUGACACCUUUCUGUUGAAGAAUUAUGCUAACAAGGCAGUACUGGAUACAUUGUUGGCAGGUCUUGCGACAACAGACCUACCGGACACAAACCAAGGGUUUGAUGCGAACUUUACGGGCACAUUGCCGCUAGAGGACAAUAUUUGGCUGGAGCAGUACAUAUCUGAUACAGAUCCUCAAUUGCAUUUCGAUCGGAAGUGUAAGAAUGAGUCGUUAAACUUGAUUUAUAGCAGGUUGUUCAAACUGGGUCUGUUUUUCGCUCAAUUAUGUGUAAAGAGCGUGAUAUCUAGCUCUGAGUUACGUGAUUGUAUUAGCAGUUCGCACUGCGCGACCAAACUGACUCGUUAUUUCAAUGACAACGGUUACGCACAUGACGCUGCAGAUGCAGGUGCUACGAUGCUGCCGACUGGUGACGACUUCCAAUAUCAGUUUGAAAGGGACUACGUCACUUUGCUUCCCACAGGGGUGUUAACCAUCUUCCCCUGUGCCAAUGGUAUCAGGUAUAAGCCAUCUACUAUGGCAGCCACAGACAAUUCUUGGAUCACUAUCGAUGAACCCGAUUGUCUCUUGCUCCACACAGGGACCCUUCUUGUCCGCUGGUCGCAAGGUAUGCACACCACCUCGCCGCUCCAGAUAGACCCUAGUGCGAACAUCGUUUCUUUGACCAUCUGGCCUUCACUUACUACACCUAUAGGAGGUGAAGGUGAUGGCACGAUUGCUAAUCAGCUGCUGGAGCAGCAAAUCAAGGCUUUCCCAAAAGUAGCUCAGCAGUACUAUCCGCGAGAACUUAACAUUCUAAAACUGCAAGAGGCUAUGAAGUUCAUCAAGGAGUUGUUUAUUGUUUGUGAAACGGUGUUAUCAUUGAAUGCCCUCUCAAGAUCCACGGGGGUUUCGCCAGAGUUGCACGUUUUGUUACCUCAGAUAUCUAAUAUGAUGAAAAGGAAGAUAGUGCAGGAUGAUAUUCUGAAGCUGUUGACUAUUUGGUCUGACGCAUAUGUUGUAGAGCUAAACUCUAGAGGCGAGCUGACUAUGAGUUUACCAAAAAGGGACAACCUGGUAACACUGACAAACAAGUCGAGGACCUUGGCUUUCGUGGAAAGGGCAGAGUCGUGGUACCAGCAAGUGAUAACUUCCAAGAGUGACGUUAUCACUCAUAUACCCGUUUUCAAGAUUAAUAAAAGGAGAUCGAGCACUAACUUCAAGACGGUUUCGGGCAACAAAGUUCAAACGAAAAGUUCUGAUACUAAUGCCCUAAGUAACUCUAGAUAUUUAGCGAACAAGAAAGAAAAUUUCAUGUACAAAGAGAAAACACCUGAUUCGCAAGCAAACCUUAUGGAUCGGCUGCGUGAGAGAGAGAGGCGUUCAGCUGCAUUGCUUUCACAAAGACAAAGACGUUAUCAGCAGUUCCUGGCAAUGAAAAUGACUCAAGUAUUUGAUAUCCUUUUUUCACUCACCUGGGGUCAGCCUUAUACGGAAACUUAUCUAAGCUCAUUGGUCGUAGACAGCUUACAAGACAGUAAUAAUCCCAUUGGUACAAAAGAGGCAAGUGAGAUUUUGACCGGGCUACAAGAUAUUCUACCAAUGGAAAUAUCCGUUCAUCAGGUGGACGGUGGGCUGAAAGUUUAUAGAUGGAACAGCUUGGAUAAAAAUAGAUUCACCAAACUGUUGGAAAUUCACAAGUCUAAACAAAAGGGUGAUCAAGAUAUUUAG